AUGUCAACAUUGUCAUUUGAGUCGCUCUGUUUGAAAGAUGAUUAUCAGUCCUCAGAUGAAGCCCAGGGAAUGGAGGAUGAGACCGACUUAGAGUCAGAUGAGAAAGAGGAAACCCAAAAUGAGAUGUCAGUAUCUGAAGUGUACCUCCAGGCCUGUAAAUUGGUGGGUGUGGUGCCAGUUUCCUACUUUAUAAGGAACAUUAACUCUCCAACAAUGAUGCUCAACCAUCACGGGCUGGGACCUUUGGGGUGCAAGGCACUCGCCAUUGCCUUAGUGACUGAUAUGAAUAUCAACACCUUAGAACUGGCAGACAAUAAUGUUCAAGCAGAGGGAGCCAAAUACCUUGUGGAGAUGCUAAGGGCCAAUUUCACCAUUCAGCACCUGGAUUUGUCUGACAACCAUCUGCUGUCUAUGGGGGCUGAGUAUGUGGCUAAACUGCUGCUGGACAACAUUUCUUUGAAAUCUUUGAAACUUUCAGGGAAUGGAUUUACUGAUGAUGAUGCUAGAUAUUUUGCAGAGGCUUUAUCGGCAAAUGCCAGAAUAAAGGAACUAAACCUGAGCCAUAAUGCCUUUUGUGGAAAAGGAGGGGAACAUUUGGGACAGCUUCUGGCUAACAAUGAGGGUCUUGAGGUUCUAGAUCUGAGCUGGAAUCACCUUCGGAUGAAAGGAGCUGUGGCUCUUAGUGCUGGACUCAAAGUCAACAUGAUGUUAAAACACCUUGACUUAUCAUGGAAUGGCUUUGGGAAUGAGGGAGCCUUGGCUAUGGGGGAGGCCCUGAAAUUCAACAACACUCUUGUGCACCUCAAUCUCAACAACAACCAUCUCACCAACGAGGGUGCCGGGAUGCUGUGCAGGGGCCUGGAGUUCAAUGACACUCUAAGGGUCCUACUGUUGGCUUACAACUCUUUAACAGUAGAGGGAGCACUGGCCCUGGUUAACAUGGUGAAGAACACAUCGAAAACUGCCUUAGAGGAGAUCAACAUAUGUAAUGUGCUGGUAAAUGAGACCUUCCUGAACCUGCUAGAGGUAGCAUGUCAGGAGCAUCCCAGUUUAGAUGUACAGUACGGAGGAGUUGGGGGGUUUAUCGCUAAGAAGCCACCAAAACGUGUUGAUCCAAUGAAGGUUAUCCAGGACUACUUGGAUCAGCGUAAGCUUCGCCUGUGGGAUUUCUUCCGUAACAUUGACAAAGAUGGCACCAUGCGAGUCCCUACUGCUGACUUCAGGAAGGCAGUGCAGCAAUCAAGUAUCCCUUUGGAUCGAUACCAGAUUGAGGAGCUGAUUCAGAGGCUUGACCGGGACAGGACAGGGAUGGUAGACUACAGGGGUCUGGCAGAUACGAGGAAACAGAUGAUGAGGGAUCACCGUCGUCAGCUGAGGAAGGUCGAGUCCCGUCAGAAGAAAGAGAAACAGAAAAGUGACCGCAUCCUAAAGACCUUCCAGAGCGCUGUGGAGGCUGUAACUCCACGCAGCUCUAUGGUGAUGUCUCCUGGGGGAACCAAGGAGGAUUCAAGUGGCCCACAGCAUUUCUCUGCCACCCCGCUCAGCUCCUGGCACCACAUCGUCAUGUCCAACAGCAGUCGAUACUCUGUCACCAAUCUGAGCAACGAACACAUCCACUUGCCCAUGCUAGGAGGUGCCACGCCAUACCGCCCAACCAGUUCACCGGCCAUGCGCUCCUAUUCCCAACCGAACCUGCUGGAUGAGUCCCCUUGCUCUGCUCCAGGCAAGUCCAUCUCUGCUCAGGGUGUCCGCUCAGAUCCAGAGAUGGGUCACAGCAAGCUGAGCCCCACUGCUAACACUUUGACCAGAUCCAGGCCUGCUCUGAAUGACAAGCAGCCUACAGUUAAACUCAAAACCAAGAAAGUUAAGAAGAAGAAGAAAACAAAGAAAGUUUCAAAAAAUCCUACAUGA